CUAUUUUGCCUGAGGCUAUACACUACCGUCUCUUCCUUAGAUGUGCGCAGAUCUCUACUGAGUCUGCGCGUGCUUAUAUCGGUGCUCCUCUACUUAUAUGCAUUUGCAUUUAACUAUUUGGAAAACUUUUUGGACAAUAUUCUUAGCAACAAUUGUAAUGAAUAUUUCGAGACUAUAACCGGUCGACGGAGGAAAGUGGAGACCGACCGGCGACUGGACGGUCAGGUGGUAGUGAUUACCGGCGCCAACGCCGGCAUUGGCAGAGCCACGGCACAGGAGUUGGCCAAACGGGGUGCUAAGGUGAUUAUAGCGUGUCGUUCGGUAGAUAAGGGCGAAGCGGCGGCCGAUAAGAUCCGUGCGCUGUAUGCCGGGGCUAAUGUUGUGGUAAUGGAGUUGGACUUGUCGUCCCUCUCGUCUGUCCGCCGGUUUGCUCAACAAUUGAGUGAUAGGGAAGCGGUUGUGGAUAUACUUAUUAAUAACGCCGGCAUUGCGUUCGUACCGGAGGCCAAAACCGUCGAUGGCUUUGAGAUGCAUUUGGGGACAAAUCAUUUGGGCCACUUCCUGUUGACAUUACAUCUACUACCACUAAUAAAGAAAUCUAAACUUGGUAAAGUGGUAACGGUAGCAUCGAGCGGGCAUUUGGUGGGCAAAAUUAACUUUGACAAUAUAAACCUACUAAACGGCGCGUACGCUCCGGUGAAAGCGUACGGCCAGAGUAAACUGGCCAACAUAUUAUUCAGCCGCGAGUUGUCCCAUAGAUUGGGUGCGGACAGUACGGUACGAACUUAUAGCAUACAUCCCGGUGCCGUCAAUACGGUACGUCCCGAGACCACGUCAGUCGCCUCAACGUUUCUCAAACUAACCGGUUUGACCCCCGAGAUGGGCGCCCAGACCACACUGUACUGCGCCCUCGACCCCCAAUUGGAUAAUGAAACUGGGUGCUAUUAUACCGAUCGACGACUGGACGGUCAGGUGGUAGUGAUUACUGGCGCCAACGCCGGCAUUGGCAGAGCAACCGCACAGGAGUUGGCCAAACGGGGUGCUAAGGUGAUUAUAGCUUGCCGUUCGGUAGAUAAGGGCGAAUUGGCGGCCAAUGAGAUCCGUGUGCUCUAUCCCGGGGCUAAUGUUGUGGUAAUGCAGUUGGACUUGUCGUCCCUCAAGUCUGUCCGCCGGUUUGCUCAAGAAAUGAGUGAUAGGGAACCGAUUGUGGAUAUACUCAUCAAUAACGCUGGCGUUGCGUUUAUACCGGAGGCAAAAACCGUCGAUGGCUUUGAGAUGCAGUUCGGGACAAAUCAUUUGGGCCACUUUCUGUUGACAUUACAUCUACUACCACUAAUAAAGAAAUCUAAACUUGGUAAAGUGGUAAUGGUAUCAUCGAGCGUGCAUUUAAUGGGCAAAAUUAACUUUGACAAUAUAAACCUGCUAAACGGCGCGUACGCUCCGGUGAAAGCAUAUGCCCAGAGUAAACUGGCCAACAUAUUAUUCAGCCGUGAGUUGUCCCAUAAGUUGGGUGCGGACAGUACUGUACGUACUUAUAGCAUACAUCCGGGUGUCGUCAAUACACAGGAGGGGGUACGUCACGAGUCGUUUAGCACGGCUUCAGUCUCCGCAACAUUUCUCAAACUAACCGGUUUGACCCCCGAGAUGGGCGCCCAAACCACACUGUACUGCGCCCUCGACCCCCAGCUAGAUAAUGAAACUGGGUGCUAUUAUGCAAAUUGUCGUAAAAUAAAUAAAAUGAUUUCUACGGCGACCGACGAUAAAGCGGCUAAAAGGCUAUGGGAUUACAGCUGUGUUUUGGUCGUGGACACCGAUCGCCGGCUGGACGGACAGGUAGUGGUUAUUACCGGCGCCAACACCGGUAUUGGUAAAGUAACCGCCCAGGAGUUGACCAACCGGGGCGCUAAGGUGAUUAUAGCGUGUCGUAACGUAGAUAAGGGUGAAUCGGCGGCCAAUGAGAUUCGCACUGAGAACCCCGGGGCCAAUGUUGUGGUAAUGCAGUUGGACUUGACGUCCCUCAAGUCUGUUCGUCAGUUCGCCCACGAGGUUAGGGAUAGGGAGCCGGUGCUCGAUGUGCUCAUUAAUAACGCGGGUGUUAUGAUGACACCCGAGUCGAAAACUACCGAUGGUUUUGAGCUGCAAUUUGGGACAAAUCAUUUGGGCCAUUUUCUAUUGACGCUACACUUAUUGCCACUCAUUAAACAAUCUGCUCUUGGUAAAGUAAUCACGGUAUCAUCCAGUGGGCAUUUAGCGGGCAAGAUUAAUUUUGACAAUAUAAACCUGCUAAAUGGCACGUACGCGCCCACUAAAGCCUACGCCCAGAGUAAACUGGCCAAUGUAUUGUUUAGCCUGGAGUUGGCCCGUAGACUGGGCGGUCUAGACAGUACAGUCAGGACCUAUUGCCUACAUCCCGGGCCCGUCAAUACGGAACUGCAGAGACACGUGUACGACAAGUCCGGCGCCGGCGCUAUGAAGUCCCUUAUGAAAUGCAUAGGUUUGACCCCCGAGAUGGGCGCUCAGACUACACUGUACUGCGCCCUCGAGCCAUCACUGGACAAUGAAACUGGGUGCUAUUAUGCAAAUUGUCGUAAAAUAAAUAAAAUGAUUUCUACGGCGACCGACGAUAAAGUGGCCAAAAAGCUAUGGGAUUACAGCUGUGUUUUGGUGGAUUUGGAGGACGACUAUCGUAUUUAAAAUGUGCUUGAUCAAUCUGGCAACUUAUUUAUUAUGUUAAUUUUUGUAUAUUUCUCACUACAUAAUUUUUGU